AACAUGUGACUAUUUCUUGGCACAAUUUCAGUAGAAAAUUGAUUUUUAAGCACUAUUGUAGCAAAUUAUCAGGAAUACGUGAAGCAGCCUUGACUCUUCAGUCAUCUUUGUCCACAAAAAGUCACUACUAUUUGCUAAUUGCUCUGUACAGCAGAAAUUAAUAUGUGCAAAACAUCAUAUGUACAAAUCUAAUAGGUAGAAUAUUUUUCCCACUAUAAAUAGACAGUCAUCAGUAUGACUAUACAAGGAAGGAGCCUGGGCACACACGCCUCCCCACCUCCCCCCAGCCACCACUAUCCCAACCAAACACCCCAAAAAAGAACACACAGUACUAGAAAAGGAUGAAGCAUUCUCGUGUAGCCACCAAAUUGUCUUCUUUUGCCAAAUCUGGACAGCAGUCUAUGAAAUACUCCUGCCAGUUCAUCUGUCAAACUAACCCACUCUUUAUUCAACUAACUUAUUUCACCUUGAUCUCAUUUGCUGGAUAUGAAGCUCUAAAGGUCCUUAAGUCUCAAGACAAGUCAAAUACAAUGAAAGAUUUGGACCUGUUAUUUACUUCUGUCUCUGCAUCAACUGUCUCAAGCAUGGCUACGGUUGAAAUGGAGGAUUUCUCAAGCACUCAACUCUGGAUUUUGGCAAUUUUAAUGCUGAUUGGUAGCGAGGUAUUCACUUCAAUACUUGGUCUGCACUUCAUGAGGGUUAAAUUCAAUACAGAAAAGCCAGCCAACAAAAGUGACCGCUCAUCUCAUGUUGAUAUUGAAUCUAUUAAUGCUGCAAACUUUGAUCCCAGCCCUAGCCAAGGCACAGAAGUUACGGUGCCAUCUUCCCAACUCUGCCUGGCAAACAAGGAACACGUCGACCCCAAGACUAUCAAAUUUUUAGGUACUGUAGUGAUGGCCUAUCUUCUAAUAACAAACUUAGGGAGCCUCCUACUUAUUUACAUCUACCUCAAACUAGUACCAGAUGCACAAGAAGUUCUGAAGAGAAAAGGGAUUGGGAACUUCCUAUUUUCUGUAUUUACAGCUAUAUCCUCAGUUGCAAAUUGUGGCUUCACUCCAGUAAAUGAGAACAUGGUUAUCUUCCAGAAAAACUCCAUUCUACUAUUGCUAAUUAUUCCUCAGAUACUAGCAGGAAACACAUUAUUUGCACCAUGCCUGAGAUACAUGGUGUGGACAUUCAAGAAGAUUACUGGGAAAGAAGAAUGCCAUUUCAUUCUUCAGCAUCCAAAGGCCAUUGGAUGCAGGCACCUUAUGAGUACAAGGAAGUGUGUUUAUUUAGUUGUAACUGUCGUGAGCUUUAUCAUUCUGCAAACCAUAUUGUUUUGCUCUUUGGAAUGGAGCUCAGAGGCUUUGCAGGAAAUGAGCAGCUAUGAAAAGAUAGUAGGCGCUCUCUUCCAAUCAACCAAUGCGAGGCAUGCUGGUGAAUCUGUUGUGGAUCUCUCAAGCGUCUCUUCAGCAAUCACAGUCUUAUACACCGUCAUGAUGUAUCUCCCGGGUUACACUUCAUUUUUACACAAUUAUGAAGAUCCGUAUUCUAAGGCUAGAGAGAGAGAUAACAGCAGAAGGCUAUUGAAGGAUUGGGUCUUCUCCCAGUUGUCUUACUUGGCUAUCUUUCUAAUGCUAAUUUGCAUUACUGAGCGGGAAGCAAUGACCACAGAUCCACUUAAUUUCAAUGUUUUCAGCAUAUUGUUUGAAAUUGUCAGUGCAUAUGGAAACGUGGGCUUCUCGGUUGGUUACAGUUGCAAGAGGUUACUGAAACACGACGUAUACUGCAAGGAUGCUUCAUAUGGAUUUGUUGGAAAAUGGAGUGACAAGGGAAAAUUAAUUCUGAUCGUUGUCAUGGUUUUCGGGAGGCUUAAGACGUUCAAUUUGAAGGGAGGAAGUGCAUGGAAGCUUAGAUAACAUCGAUAAUGUGCAGACCUAGGAUUUCCAAAUAUGUUAUAUAGCUUUGGGUGUACACAACAAAUCACUAACGAAAGAUUUGAGCCUAGUGUAGCAUAAAAAGAAGUUGAAGGGUGCUUGUUACUCCCUCCGAUCCAUAAAAUGUGUCGCCCAUUUUGUACUAAGUAAUAAUUUUGUACUAAGUGGGCGACACUUUGUAUGGAUCAGAGGGAGUAGCACUUAGUAUCAUCACUUUUCUUUCACAAAUAAGCCAUUACACCUUCUUCUGCUAGGCUGCUAGUAAGAACAUGAAUAAAAAGAUAACGAUACAGAGAAAA